AUGUCCAACCUCCUCAACACCGACCAGACCCAAAAGACCGCCGACCAGACCGCCGGCGGUAUCACAGGUGGCAUCUCCGGCGCCGGCAAGACAGUCACUUCUACGCUCGGCAACACCCUCGGCGGAAUCGCCAACACAGCAGGUGGCGUCGUCGGCUCGGCAGGUCGCGGAUUAGGCGACACUGUCAACUCUGUCACAGGAGAGACUGGCCGGCCCAUUGGCGAUGGGCUCAAGAACAUCACGGGCGGUAUUGAGAAGGGCGUGCAGGAUGUUUCACAGGGCGUGAAGGAUACGGGGGAGUGGAAGACGUCUGGGGGAUCUUCGUAA